CGUUUUUACUUACCAGUGGAUGUAUUUAAGACCGUCGAUACUCGUUGUAAGCUGCUAAUGUAAACUUUUUUUGCUGGGUGUACAUUUUGAAUCGGUUUUCUGAGUACAAUUUAAUGAAUAGAAACGAAAUUGUUCAAGCGGAUUAUUAAAAUAAAAUAGGAUUGAUAGACUUACAACACAUAAAAUAGUUUGGUUGAAUUUCUAACAUACACAGACUGACCUAGGAAAUGGAGAUAUACUCAGUUUUAGUUUGCCUUUUUGCAGCAGUUUCAAUCGGACGUACAUGGGAUAAUGGCAUAUGCACACGCGUCGAGAGCCAUGAAAUCCCCUAUACGAAACUGGAAAAUUGCGACCAUGAUUGUUGGUAUGGAAGUGGACAAUAUACGGUUGAAAAGAUAAGGUGUUCCACCAUCGAGGUUGAACGAUGUUGCUCCAAUUAUGAAACAGUGCGGUCAGAUCCAUUAGAAUGUAGACCUAUUUGUUCUCCGCCCUGUGAAAAUGGAGUUUGCAUAGUACCAGAUGUAUGCGGGUGCAAUGAAGGUUUCAAGCUAUCGGACGUUACCCGAAACACUUGUGUACCUGCAUGCAGGAUGGGUUGCUUGAACGGCGAGUGCGUCGAGCCUGAUGUUUGCCAAUGCAAUCCGGACACAGUGAAACUAAACGAAACCUAUUGCGGCACAGUUUGUGAGGAAGACGCGACACCCGAUUGCUAUCGCAUUGUUGAACAUUUGGUCGAAUUUUCUAUCAACGGAGCUAAUAGAAUUUUUCUACCCAAAGGCAAGAAGGCGUUCACCGUUCGUUCUGAAUGCGAAAAAUUUGUCGAAAUGAACGAGAAUACUGACCGAUCGACAAAUGUAUUUUUCGAAUGUUCGCACAAUCUAGACAGUGAAAUGGUCCACAGUCUCUGUCAGUUGGCGUCGGGGAAUUCUUCAAUUGAACUUGUUCCAAUGAAUGAGACUCGUAGCUCCAUGUCACCGACUGGCGUGAAUUUCACUUUUGUAUACCCGAAUAAGGGAAAUUCUACAGCAAUUUGUGAAUUUUGCUUCUGUGGCGAUUUUCUAGAUUUAAAUAAAAACCGUAGUGUUAUUCGACUAUGUCAGUGUGUAGAGUCAUCACUACAAAGAGAACAAAAUUGGGUAUCGUACAUAUUUGGAACUUUAGGAACAUUGAUAGUCGUCUUAAUAAUAGCAUUCAUCGCUUAUAAAUUAGUUUUGAAGAUUAAGAACACUCGCCAUUUUACACCUGUUUCCCAAGCAAACCAAGUUGAGAUGUGACGAGUGUAAGUCACAAAUUGUGAUAAUAUAUUUAUUCUCUUUGUAUCUUAUGCCUUAAUGUACUUACAAUCGUAUUUUUGUUUUAACUUAUUUUUUUUUUACCGCAUGCCUUAUGCCUUAUGCUUGAUAACUGAUCCGAAUAAUCAUCUAACGGCAGUUUUGAAGUUAUGCUUCUUUAAUACUUUGAACAAGCUUAGUAAUUUUUAUAAAAAAUAAAGUAAAUAUUCAUCAUUAGAAAUGCAUUUUCUACCUCAUCGUGUAUUUAAUAUGGGUAAUAAAAUUAUGUUAAUAAAAUCAUUUAUGGAG